AUGUAUUGUUGGGGCAAUACUAUCAACGGGGAACUCGGUCUGGGUGGUAUUGAGGAAAACUAUAUCCUCAGUCCAGAAGAGAUAGUCAAUUUUGAAAGCAUAAAUAACAUUAAAUCAGUGGCUUGUGGAAAUAAUCAUACACUUGCCGUAACUGAAGAUGGACAAUUAUAUGCUUGUGGUAGUAACGAUUUUGGUCAACUGGGACAUGAUGGAUGUCGGACAAAACUACAAAAAAUUCCUGGGGUUGAAUCGUUAGUGAUGACAAGUGUUGCAUGCGGAGAAGCUCAUUCAAUGGCACUUAAUGAAUGGGGACAGUUAUACACUUGGGGUUCUGACGCCUGUGGACAAUUAGGACUUGAAACUGAUGAAGGGAUUCAAUAUAAACCAAAAAUCGUCAAAACAUUAGCCAGUAUGCUAUUAGUUCAAAUUAGUUGUGGAUAUAAACAUUGUAUGGCUCUAACAAACCAUGGAGAGUUGUACACUUGGGGCUCAAAUGAAUUUGGACAGUUAGGUCUUGGACUUGGCCCUGGUAAUGUGUCAAAACCAACAUUGGUUACUUCACUGGUUGGCUUACCUAUUUCAUUUAUUGCCUGUGGUGGAUAUCAUAGUUUUGUUGUAUCAAAAUCAGGUGCUGUGUUUGGUUGGGGAAAAAAUGAUUUUGGACAACUAGGGAUAAACAGUCAAACUAGCUUAUCAUCACCUACACAACUGAAAACAAUACGAACUGUCAAAGUAAAAUAUAUUGCUGGGGGAGAGGAUUUCUCAGUAUUCUUGACAUAUGAUGGUGGAGUUUUUACAUGUGGUGCUGGUAUGUAUGGUCAAUUAGGACAUGGUUCAUUUUCAAACGAAAUUGUUCCAAGAAAAGUGCUAGAACUCAUGGGAAGUACUGUGACUCAAGUUACAUGUGGACGGAGACAUACUUUGACUUUAGUACCUUCAAAGGGUCGAGUCUAUUCAUUUGGACUUGGUAGUGUUGGCCAGUUGGGUACAAAAUCAUCUAUUAACUCAAAUACACCACAAUUAGUGUUAGGACCUUGGCUAUCUCCGUCUGGAACAUCUAUGAUAGAAACAAAUAAGCAAUAUGUUGUUAAAAGUAUUUAUGCGGGAGGUGAUCAAUGUUUUGUUAGAGUUACUCAUAAAUCGCUCGAUAUAUAUCCAGAUGAUUAUCGAAUUAUUCAAGAAAGUUCUCAAAUUUGGACUGUAAAGCUUUCAGAUGUGAUAAAUUUAUCAACCAUCCUACCAGAAAAUCCUGUUGACCAAGAAAGAAUGUCGUUUGUAGAAAUAGUGAUGAGCAGUUUGUCAUGUUUAAAUGGCUCAUUUUUAAUGUUGAAUGAUAUUCAUUACACUUGUACAGAAAAUAAUCAUGGUAUAGAUUUUGAUCUCGCUGCACUAUGUUUUGACGCCAUAAGUCAUGUACGCAAUACUUCAUUGAGUGAUUUAAUAUUAACAUCAUUAGCCAGUGCAGUUGAUUCUUUAUCAUUGCCUUCUCCUGAUGUAGAGUCAUUGAGGUUUUAUUUAACCUUACCUAUGUACCACGAGUUUAAGAAUAUUACAAAUGCUACCAUACUUCAAGUGCCUUAUGCUGAAGCAUUACUUAAUCUGAGUAGCAUAGAUUCAAAUACUAUUGAGUUUUGGAUUUCUUCAAUGCCGGUUGUGUAUUUUAAUACCUUAUUAAUGGUGUAUAAAAAUGUAUUUAUUGAUCAAUUGAACACCAAUACAAAUUCUACUGAACAAAAAUGUUGGGAUAAAGCAUUGGUAGUGGCUGCUUCAAUGUUAGCUAAAUUAAAUAAACUUAAUUCCAAUUUAAACGGGCAUCAAGUGAAGAAAGGCCAAUUGAAAGUGCCAUACACCUCAUUUUAUAUUCCACAAUUAUCUGAUAAGAUAGAUAUACCUUCUGAUUACAUGAAGUGGAUACGUGCCGAUAAUAACGGAAUUAAAUAUCAAGAUUUUUAUUUUUGUAACUAUCCUUUUCUGUUCAAUGCUGAAGCUAAAACAAUACUUUUACAAGUUGAUCAGAAAGUACAGAUGCAACAAGCAAUGCAAGCUGCAGCAACAAGAGCAUUUACGCAAAUGCUAUUUUUGGACGUGAAUCAGCCUAAUUUAGCAAAUCAAUUUAUUGAGCUUAAUGUCUCACGGAAUAACUUAGUUGUAGAUACAAUACGUGAAUUGUCUCUUUAUACUCAACAUGAUUAUAAAAAACCUUUGAAAGUAAAAUUUAUUGAUGAAGAAGCUGAGGAUGCUGGAGGAGUAAGAAAAGAAUUUUUUAUACUUUUGAUUAAAGAGAUUUUAGAUCCAAAAUUUGGUAUGUUUGUAAAUUAUGAAGAUACAAACAUGAUAUGGUUUAAUGACUCUUCCUUUGAAGAUGUUACAAUGUAUUAUCUUAUUGGUUUGAUGUGUGGCUUAGCGAUUUAUAAUUUUAUUAUCAUAGACUUACCAUUUCCUGUAGCAUUGUAUAAAAAACUACUUAACGAACCUAUUACCCUUCAAGAUUUUAAAGAUCUGGAUCCAAUGGUGGGUAUAAGCUUUGAAGAAUUAUUGGCUUAUAGUAAACCUGAUCUUGAUGAAGUAUUUAAUCUCACUUUUGAAAUCACUAGAGAAGUUUAUGGAGAAAUUCAAACAAUUCCAUUGAAACCAGAUGGGGCUAAUAUAAUAGUUGAUCAAAAUAAUAAGUAA